AUGGCGCCAACUAACAAAGCCAGAGCAGCAGGUGUCAGCGCGAGUUCUUUCUUCGACCUCAAAGCAGAAAUCGCAAAGAAAGAAGAUGAAUUUGCUCGGACCAAGGCUGCAGGAGGCAGUAAAUACACGGUGGGAGGGGUCAAGAGGCCUGACAAGAAACCGACUGUAUGGACUCGCUCCAAUAAAGGCGUUCAAAAUCGUGCCGCGCGCGACAUAGAACUGGAAGAAGUCAGUAAGGUGACUAUCGAGUCCGGGCGAGCUGUAUUGGAGAGGAAGGCGAAAAUCUACGAGAAACUGCGGAAGGGAAAAUCUGGUGGCCUUACUGACAAGCAGUACGAGGCUUUGCUCGUCGAUUUCGACUCUCGAGGACCUAGUGAUCAUUUUGAGUCGGACAGCGAUGAUAUGGAUGAAUCAUUGACGGUUCCUCAACAGCCUCAAGACGACGAUGACCCAAUCAUUGAAUACGAAGAUGAAUUUGGAAGACAACGAACAGGACGCAGGUCCGAAAUCCCUCGGCACUUACUUCCGCGUACUGAAGAUACAGAACCAAUACCGGAUGAGGACAAGGACGUCAUUUACAAUCCCGUCAAUUACUUCCCAGUGUUCGAACCUUCCGCAGAGCGUAUCCAAGCAGUUCAAGAGGCUUACUCGGAAGCCAAUAAUCCAUUGUCUUCUCACCUACGAUGCUUCAAAGGAGACGAGGAGACGAGGAAACAACAAAUGGAAGAACUGCGGUCAGCUAGGAUGGAGACUGAGAAGACAAGACAAGACACCGGAGCAGUGGAUCUUAAACCGGGAGAGGUGGAGGGCAUGCGGGACGAUAGCACUGGUGCGGGCGUGUCGAGGAGCAGGGCGAUGGAGAAGCGGAAGAGAGACAUUGAGGAAAGGCGAAAGAUAUUAGAUGCGAAGCGGAGAAAGGUCAAAGGUGACGAAACCCCCGCAGGCCGAGGUUUUGAGCCCGAUACUUCACAAACUGUGACGUUGGAAGUGCAGGACACAUCUGAACCGUUUGCGGCGCUGGAGAGGCAGGUAACUGAUGCUUCGGACCGACCCAACAGAAAAGGCAAGCAGAAAGGGACUAAUGACUCGGAACCAAAGACAGAGGCAGACGACUUCUUGGCCCAGUUAGAGCGGGAAAUAUUAGGAGGUCGUUAA